AUGGGAUGGACAGGUACUAUCACUGUACUUGGUGCUAGAAGGAUGAAGUGUCUGACCGGGAUUGGAUACUGCCCUCAAGAAAUUGUUCUCCUCAACAAUUUGACCGUUUUGGAUAACAUUUGGUUUUUUUACCAGCUAAAAUGCCAACAAGAGAAUUGGAAAGAAAAGGCUGAGUCGAUCGUCGAAUCCAUAGGCCUGGAGGAGUAUCUGUUUAAGCGAACCACAACUCUAAAUAACUCGCAGAAGCGGCUUCUUGGCAUUGCUAUUUCGUUCAUUGGUAACUCAUCAGUAAUCAUUUUGGAUGAACCAUUUAGUGACUUGGAUGCUAGGUCAAGCAUUACUUUCAAAACACUGUUGGAAAAGGAAAAGGAGCGCAGAUGCGUGCUCAUUGGUACGUCAUCUGCUUGCACUGCAGAGAUAGUAGCAGACUAUAUACUUGUUCUCUACAAUGGAAGAGAAGUUGCUGCAGGAUCUCCUUCAAUCUUACGAGAAAAAUUUGGUCACAACUAUGUGUUAAAUGUUUUGUUGGAGUCAGGGAGUUCUAGCUUUUCGAUUAUAGAAAAGCAUGUACGAGAUGUGAUACCGCUUGCAGAAAUGAUAAGAGCACAUGGAAAUCAGUUGAAGUUUGGUUUGUUAAAAAGCGAUCCUGAAAAGCGCAAACAACUUCUGCUGGAGCUAGAAAAAAGAAAAGUCGCUUUAGGUAUAACCGAUUUCUACAUUAGGUUCUGUUCAAUUCAAGACGUCUAUCAAAGAAUAGAAAUACAGUGUCAGGAUGAAGACGAAAUGUGCAGUAGUAUUUCUUUCGAUCGGCAUGAUGAAGCGAAAUUUCUACCUCCACGUCAGUUUGUUAUCCUUUUGUUGAAGAAGCUAUACCUAUCAUUUAGCUGCUACUUGAUUUUAGCCCAGGUCGUAACUCCAAUGCUGCUGCUGCUCGCUGCAAAUGUUUUUUUCAAUCAGUACCACCGGGUUCCAACCGCCGAUAAAGAAAAGAGUGUGUCGCUCGAGAUGUACAGACAUGGUCGAUUCAUCGUUUUCAACCCGAAUGGGAUUGCUCUUGAAAGCUACAGAAUACUCAAAGCAAUUUCAUCUCAUAAAAAUAUCGAGGUGAUGUGGGCUAACUCGAGUGACUUCUGCGCAUCCUGGCCGCCUGACUGGCCCUUCGUCGUUGGCGCCGUUGCUUUCGGUUAUGAUGUCGAAUAUUCCGAAUUUGAAGAGGCCACAUGCUCAUUGCGGAUGCCAGUGUCACCUUCAGAAAGUGAACAGAAUGAUUCAUUUAUAACGUGGAGGAAUUUCAACGCCGAGGAAUUUCAAACAGUUAAUCGAGAAAGUGAUCAGCUUUGGAUAGUUCCUGAGGCCGCAACAUACGCAUAUCCGACUAUUGUUGAAUUAAUUACUCAACACUACUUUGGUGACGAUAGUGGUGGUAAUGGUAACAAUAAUAACGAUGAUAACAAUGGUAACGGUGGAAAUGGUGAUAAUGAGGAGCUGAUCAUGGAUAUCGAAUUGAAUAACCAAACGAAGUCUUCCCUUUUGCGAGAUUUAGCUGCAUUUGCUAUUACUCUAGGUCACGUCGUUUUAGUUUCAUCUUUCGUUACUAUACCAUUGCAGGAGAGAGUAGCUCGUUUCAAGAAGCAGCAGUUUUCGACAGGUGUUUCUGUAUUUGUUUACUGGCUGGCUUCUUUCACGUACGACCUAAUUGGUGUAAUGAUUGCGAUUUUCUUCCUUUCCGCAAUCCUUUUCAUACUUAACUUUCGACCAACUAUUUUUCUAACCUUUGUUGUGUGCUUUUUUAUGGUUGCAAGGUUACCGAUGAUAUACUUCGUAUCCCUUUUCCUGAGCAACCCUUUACAAGCAUUAAUCUUCAUAUCUGGUCUGACUAUUUGUUGUCCUCUCUUAGAGAAGCUUUUCGUGAGUUCUACAGUGAUCCGUAUUCUGUAUCCAGUUUUUCCAUCGCUUUCAUUCUUUGCUGCUAUGGAACAAUACACAAAUACAGAUUGCGCAGAAGUUGACAACGCAGCAAUUCUAAGUUCAAAUAUCCUGGUUUUUAUUCUUUUUACUAUAUUGUUGUUCUCUGUCGAGAAGAUUCGGGAGCACUGCUGCCGACAGAUCCAGUCUCCAUUAGAGAGAAAUAUGGAUUCUGAUGUACUCUUAGUUGGAGGAGAAGAAAUAGAGCUUAAACCGGGAGAGUGUAUCGCUCUUCUAGGACAGAAGAGUGACACCCGGCCGAUCAUCACGCAAAUGGCGACAGCUGCUCGGAAGCGUUGUGGAAAUUUCAAACUAGCCAACUCUUCCGGGCCGCAGGUGGCUUUUUGCUCGCGAGAGAACUCGCUCUUUCCUUCACUGAGCCUAAAGUCAAAUCUCGAAAUAAUCGCAGGUAUUGCCGGUCAGUCCCCGAAAACUGUGAAGAAAAUGUUUGCUGCGCUUCAUGAGAAAAAUCGAGUUAACUCGCCAUUUUCGCAGUGCAGCAAGAUGGAACAGAGAAGAGCAUGUAUAACAGCAACUGCUAUGUCUGCGUCACCAGUGAUUUUGUUUGAAAUGCCUGCGUAUGCUGUGGAUUUGAAAACUCGUUUAUACACAUGGGAUGUGAUACGUGGGUUGCAAAGAGCAGGACGAACCGUUAUUUUUACGACGGACUCACAUGAAGAAUGUGAAGUAAUUGCUGACCGUGUCGGAAUUGUCUGUGAAGGAGAAAUAAUAACAUUACGAACAAUUUCUGAAUUAAAGGCAAAACAUGGGAAUUUCGUAGUGUUUGAAGUGAGCACAACAACAGAAUUUGAUAGAGAUGCGGUUUCAACUACCGUCACCGACAUGCUCCCGGAAUGUACCAUUCUACCGGAAAACCCAUCAAAUCCCCUGAUGUUGAGAUGGAAAUUCGAGCUCGGAGAACUGGAUUUCAUUCACAAAUUCGAUCGCAUCCAGCAGAUACUGAAUACACUACCUGUGAAGGAGAGUAGUAUUAUGACCGCUCCAUUGGAUGUUAUCGCAGGGAACGUCAUCGAAGAGCACAGAAAGAACGAAUCUGAUUGA